ACCAUGGUUGUUGAUAAAACAUUAUUUAAAUAGUCCACCUCUCUGGAAAAAUCAAUAAUGUUUAUUGAUCCAUAGGCUUGGUCCUCGUACAAUUUAGGGCGAUGGAAUAAACUAUGACCCAAAAGCCUUAAGAAAUUCCUCUGUUCGUCCUAUAAGUAUACCUGGAUAAUAUAGCCAUCAAUGGUGUGGUGAUGGCCAAAGAUGGCAUCCGACCAUAGAUCCACCGUCAAGGGCAGCAACAUGAACGUACUUGAUAAAGAACAUUGGAUGGACCAUAUGUGACCAUGCUUGAUACCAUAGUAACGAAAGCAGACAUCCUGCUGGGGGGCUUCGUGCUGAUGCUGUUUUUCGCCUUGGUCAUCUUGAUCAUGGUGUGCACCCUCAGCCGCCAUUGCCUCUGCUACCCGUGGUGCCCAUGUGGAAAGAGUGAAGAGAAAAGGCUCAAAUCAAAACAGCCCAAGAUGAGCCUGUCCCACAUCACCCCGAGUUUCUUCUGGACAUCACAACUCAAACAUGUACAGCAUGGGGGUGAAAAGGUGCCCACACUUCAGGAUCAGUUGGACGUCUACUCGGAACAAGAAGCGCUGAACCCCUCGCUGUACCGAGCAUACGACAGCAUGCUUCGAAUGGAACAGAAUGAAUCGGCCGACAACGACAGCCAAACACCACGGACCUGCGGCACCGCCCUUUUCACUUUGAACCUCGCAGAGGACAAACAGGCGAAAGAAAAUGUAUUAUUCGUAUCUUUAAAGUCUAUACGGGACUUACAACCCAGGUUAUACGGGGGCGUUUCCUAUAUUUACGCCAAGGUGCAAAUUCUCGCCCGAAAUACACGGAAGCCAAAGCUGCCAGGGGAUGUUUUGGAUGUACAGCAGUCAAACGUACAUCAGCGACAAAUAGACACGCUGUUCGAUGAGGACUUCGUGUUUCAUUUCCCGAGUGAGAAAUCGAACGAUGUUAUUGUGAAAUUAAUGUCUUUUGAAUUUGAUAAAUACUCACGGCAUGAAUGGAAGGGGGAGUUGCAGGUCUUGCUUCAGGAGCAUCAUUUGGCGGAAGUGAUGGCAUUUGAGGAGGCGAUGAAACAACCUAAACAGGAAGCAAACGGGGAAGUGAUGCUGUCAAUGAGUUAUUUGCCAACCUCAGGCAAGGUGCACAUGGGCAUAAUCAAAUGUAGAGACCUGAAUCUGAGGGAGGACCCGGACGCUUUAGUAUUCGUAAAGGCAGUAAUGCUGCAAGGUAAAGACACACUAAUGAAGAAGAGAACCAAAUCAAAGGAAACCACGCGAGAUCCGUCAUUUAACGAGACUGUAAUAUUCGACGUACCCUUGGAAUAUCUUGACAAAGUUGGUUUCAUUGUGAGUGUGCUGCACAAAUCCACGCAGGGACAGUUUAAGGAGAUCGGGGAGAAGGUUGUGGGGACGUGUUGUCUGGGGCAGGUUGCUCAAGGAUCGGGCUAUAAUCACUGGAUCGAAAUGUUACACUCACCAAGGAAAGCCAUCGCGCAAUGGCAUGAACUGAGAUGAUGCGGAUGUUCUGUCUAUGAUUAUGUGACACAAAAUAUUCUACUGAAUAUUCUGUGCUUAAGGUAUUCUAAGGAACAUUCCAAAUACUAAAGGUUUGUGGAAAGCAUCGUCUCUUCUGCAGCCGAGUGGUGAGGGUAAUCGAGUUUGCACGAUGGAUUUGACAAAUCAAGCAGACGAAAAAAUAUCUAUUCUCUGAUCUUCCUUUCACUCCUUUCGUUAACAAAAACAUCCCGAGAUACUUAUCGGAUAGAUAAGAGUGUGCGAACAUUAGAUAGCGAAACAAUAUUCUGGUGCAUUCAGUCCAUCGUUUACUAAUGCACAAACUCAGGUUCGAAGUGAUGUUCAUUUUGGAAAUGAUAGUGAAAUUAGUUUUACAGCUUAGAGACAAUGUUCCUUUAUAUGACCGGACUACGCCAACAGUGUCAUGAUAUAAUAUGCGAGUCCGAAAUGAAAAAAGCUCCCAAUGGCGAGCGAUGGCAUGUUCUCGUUAUGACAUUGACCUUGGCCUUAGCUGUUGAGGCUUGAGCCAUCAUUCGGUAUUCGACAACCUUUAUAUACAGUAUAUAUCAGUUGGGACACUAUCUGUGAUAAUACUAAACCUCUCAUUGUAAAUAGGUAUUUUGAUGUAAAAAAAAAUGUAAAUUCAAUUCAUAUAUAUUGCAUAUUACGCCUUGGGUAAGAUUUCUUUCGUUGGUUUUCAAUCCUGUUCAAUAUAAGUGGUUGCAUUUCAAGUUGACUUAAAUUUCUGUUAAGUUCACUCUUUCUUGUUAAAUCGUAAGAAGCAAUUGAUAAAAAGAUAUCUAUAUUGUUUGAUAUGUGUAGUGAUGUAUACAAUCAUGUAAUUUCUGUAAGUUACGGAAGUCAUAGCAUCUAGCUCUCCCAGCAUGGUUAUACAUUGUAUUAUGUUUGUUCCUGUAUAAUGGUGGCAUUUUAGGAAUCUGGCAUUGAUGUAUAUCACAAAAAAAUACAUUAAUAAAAAUGUAUUCCUUUCUAUGGUUAUAUUUGGUAAUUUUUUGUAAUCAGAUUAUAGAGUCAAAAACCUUUUGGUUCAAGUCACUAGUAGUUCUUCAAAUUGUAUUGAUUUGCAUAACGCGAAAUGAUCACUGCAGUAGAGUACUGGCUGUGGUGACAGGGCUCAAUUUCGUGCGGGAUGCUGGCUUACCACAGGUGGUUCUACCAUCAUGAAAGCCAACAUCAAGUGAAUUUCCUACGAGGUUUCAAAUUAUAAGAAAUGUACAGAUUCUAAAUGGUAACUGGCAAAUAAAAACCG